CACAAUGAUUUCUACCACCAUUUUAAGGACACAUGGACCAACGUCUCGUGGUGUCGCCCGCUUGGCACAUAGAGCAUCCACAUACCAGAUGAUCAGGUUGAAGUCCAAUUUACAUCGCCCUGAUGCCGCUGGAUCUAAUGACCCAACAGAAGCCGCCGAUGCUGCUGCAACGGUUUUGGCGGAUUUAGGAGACCUCCAGAAAAUGCCCAACAAGGCCACCUGGAUCGAAGCCCUCAGAGAGAGAGAGGCCCAGUUAAAGGAAGGGAAAGUGUUGGACAGCUAUUCGUACAAAUCGGUCAAAACCACCGAAGUGGGAGAAAAGACUAGAGAAGACUCAUUUCUGUAUUUGACACUUCCGUUCAAAGACGACAAGUGGUUGUGUGACGCGUAUGUCAACGCCCAAGGUCGGUUACGGGCGGGACAGUUGUUUCAGGACUUGGACGCGUUGGCCGGAAGAAUCGCCUAUAGACACUGUUCUCCAGCCGAGCCCGUGAAUGUGACCGCUUCUGUGGACAGAAUCUAUAUGGUGAAGAAAGUAGACGAAAUCUACAACUUCAAUUUCAUAUUGGCAGGAUCUGUCACGUGGACAGGCCGUUCGUCCAUGGAAAUCACCGUUAGAGGCUAUGCAUUUGAGAAUGGUACUCCUUCCGAAAUCACCAUAGAUUCGUUACCUCAGGACAACAUUUUUUUGAGUGCCAAUUUCACUUUUGUGGCCAGAAACCCUCUCACCCAUAAGUCUUUCGCCAUCAACCGGUUGUUGCCGGUGACAGAGUCUCAGUGGCUUGAUUAUAGAAGAGCAGAGUCUCGGAACAACUUGAAGAAAUUGUCUGCCAAAAACGCCAAAGUUAUCGAGCCCACAGCCGAAGAGAACGAAUUAGUCCAUGAAAUGUGGAAGGCAUCUAAGGACUUUGAAAAAAAACGUGACAAGCCUAAGAACAUCACGUUGAUGAAGAACUCGGAAAUGACUUCCACUCUUUUCAUGCAACCCCAAUAUAGAAACAGACACUCAUACAUGAUUUUCGGAGGGUACCUUUUGAGGCAAUCGUUUGAAUUGGCGUACUGUGCCUCGGCUGAGUUCUCUUCUGGAGGUCCCAGAUUCGUGUCAUUGGACUCCACCACUUUCAAAGCCCCAGUGCCUGUUGGGUCCAUUUUGACCAUGAAGGCCACCAUAGUCUACACCGAGCACAUCCAUGAAGGUAACGUCGACAUCGAUGCUGACUCGCCGUUCAACUUCAAGCUACCUGCCAAAAACAAGUUGACUACCAACCCAGAAGCAUUUUUGUCAGAGCCUGGUACCUUAAUUCAAGUUAAGGUCGAUACUAAGAUCAAGAGUCUCGAUAGUUCCGAGUCCAAAGAGUCUGGGUCGUUUAUUUAUUCGUUCUUUGUGGCCAAGAACGGUGGAGGUCAAAACGUUCCUGGUUAUAGUUCUGUCAUUCCUCGGACCUACUCGGAAAUGAUGGAGUAUAUAGAAGGCAGAAGAAGAGCUGGUGAUACCGCUCACUACGUGGAGAUCUUGCCAUCUGUCAAGGAAGAGUUGUAGGUGCUUUUUACAAUUAAUAUAUUAAGUUAUUAUCCUAAUAGUACAGAACUUUUAUCAUCAAGGUUCGUUAAUAAUUACCAAUUUCACUCACUAUCGUUGCUAUGUAUCUGAGCAAUUUCUCCUUCGUAUGUGUGAGUCAAGCUUUGGGCACUUUCCCUAAGACUGCUUCUUCUGGUGAAGUCGACCAACUUGGCCUUUUUUCCAAUCGAAGUGCUGGAAAUUCGGGGAUUGUCUGAAAGAUUCGAUGCGAGUGAGUUUUGGGAUAAUUCCAUGUCCAAGGACUUACCGUUAUUCAAGAACUUGUAACUUUCGUGGUUGGAAUCGAUCCAGUUGUAGUCCCCUUCGGGGGUCUGUGUGGCAUUGUAAUCAUUGUGUAAACUAUUCUUGCUGUGUUCGGUCCUCAUACCGAAGUUGGAAGAGGUGCUCAAGUAGUCGGAUGGAUACUCUCUAGAGUUUUCAAGAGAGUUUUCCACUAAUACUCCCAAAUUGGAAGAUGGUGAUCUGGAUAUAUGCCUUCUAGGAGAAGCGUCUGUUUUGUCGACGAUGUUUCCGUCACUAUCUAAUCUCUGAAAAUUGCCUGAAUCUUCUCGAUUUAAUAAUGCGUUUAACGAAUUGUUACUGAUGAAUUGGCCGGAGCCGAAUGACGAUUGUUGACUUGCUCUGAGGAUCAGUUGAUCGUCCACAAGUCGAACUGAAAACAACUUGUCUGUAUUGACAGUGCUUAAUGAGGCAUCGGACUGUCUCACAUUACCCAGCUUAGUUAAGCCUGCUCCCACACCUUUGGCAACAUCACUUUGAUCGUUGGCUCUCCAGGAUUUGGUAGGCCUGUCCUCGUCUUCAUCAUUGGCAUCAUAGUAUUGGGAUCCACCGCUGUCAAUGUCGACGUGUGUGAUCGAAGAUGAAGUACUUUCUAUAUCGUCCUUUUCAAGUUUCUUGACAUUUGUCGUAGCAAGAACCUUGGGGCUCUUGUCUAUCUGUCCAAACCCUGGACCAUUGAUCUCGUCUUCUUCCAAAGUAGUAUCGCCAGAUUUUUCUUCCUCGUCAGUCUUUCUUCUUCUCUUGACACAGCAGCACAAGAGUAUUAUGGCCGCCACAAGAAUCAAUAAUGAUGGCACACCAACACCCAAACCAAUGGCUAACUUCUUUCUCAAGUCACUGUUGUCU